UGAGUAGGUUCAAGGCUCUGCCCAGAGGGACGAUCCCCGCCUCUGCCUGGGUGCAGCAGAGCCCAGGAGGUCUGCCUGUCUGGCGGAGGGGCUUGGGUUCAGCCGAGCAGGUUCUCAAAGCACCUUCUCUGGCCCAGCAGGGCUUGUUAACCCUCAACUGGAGGACCUGGAAUUCUACCCACACAGACUCCUCCAAGAAGGGAAGGCCUCUCGGAAACUAAUCUCUCUUCAGACACCAGGAAAGGAAGGCCAGCUACUCACUCACACAAGAGGCAGUCCAAGCUCCAAGUUACCUCCAAGAGACUAUCCAGAGUGAUUAAUCAAAGGCUAAAGAUCUGAAGGCAUGAUGGGAAGAGAAAAAAACUAAACCAGCCCUGCUCAGCAAUGCAACAGGCAUGAUGGAGGUCGAAUCCUCAUACACAGACUUCAUCUCCUGUGACCGGACAGGCCGAAGGAACGCUGUCCCAGACAUCCAGGACGACUCAGCGGCAGUGAGCGUGAGGAAGCUGACAGGGGACAUGGGGGACCUGGCACUAGAAGGAGCAGAAGGACAGGCAGAGAGAAGCACAUCAGACAAGGAAUCUGGUACCAGGCCUGAGGGGAGUGAGGGGACUACCGCCUCCUGAGAGCUGCCUCGGCCCUGUUCCCUUUGUCCAGUGGCUGAAGGAAGAAACAACAGCCUGGGCGUCCCAAGAGGCAAACUUUCUGGCAUUCUCCCCAAGGACUACUUCCUGCCCUACAGCAACUCUUCUGGGCACAGUGAAGCCAUGUGGGCUUCUGCAGACUUCCCUUUUCUUCUGGUCCACCCCCCAACCACAGAGGAAGCCCGUACUCAGGGCAGCUUUGCCCUGCACUGGGGCCGUUGGCCUGAGGUCAGCCUCCAGAGCUGCUUUCGGAGCCCUCCCCCAGCCUAGGGAAUUGUGUGGCUUUGCCUACCAUGAAUUCCCUUCUUCCAGGUCCACGUAGAUAUUAUACUGUAUUUGGCAAUUCAAAACGUAACUUAUUUGUUUUGUACCUGUGGCAUGGGAAUGGGGAGGUACCACCUGCUCCCUUCCUUUGGAGGGCAGGUGGAAGCCAGGGCCCCUCCCUGGUCCUCUUGGGGGCGCCAUCAGCAGAGGCUUCAUGCCUCACAUUGACCCACUCAGUCCAGCUCGUUAUAUUCUCUGAAGAAAGCAAAAGAUGAGUCCCAUCUGGUUGCUGGACUUAGGGAGUGCCCUAUCCUCAGGGUUGCUAAAUGCUUCAUCUCCCUUAGGACCAAAGGAGAGAUCCUUCCCAGCCCACAUAUCAGUUCCUUUUUACUCUUUUUAAACUUUUGACUUUAAAUAUUAUCCACCUUUUUUCAGGGAGGGGAGAGAUGUUAAGGGGGGGGGGGGGAGAGACAGUGAAGAGACCAGCAUUUUAUCUCUGUGGGGAGUGGGGUGGUGACAAAGCACAGGGUGAAGGGGGUGGGUGGGUGGGAUAAUCAAUUCUUUGAUCUGUUUAGCUCAGACAAUGAUUCUCAAACUUUUCCAGACCCAUUCUUAAGGGAAUAAUUUUAUUUCCCAAUUUGACUAAUUUGUGUCGCCUUUCUACAAAGAUACUCGAUGCCUACCAGUUGGAAAAUAAAUUCAAACCUUUUGUGUGA